AUGUGGUAUACUUCACCAUCAAUCAAACGAAAAUUCGGUGAACUUUAUGGAGAUGACCACGAUGAUGAUGAUGAUGAUGAUGAUGAUAGUUAUUUAAGUUUUGUUGGAACUGGAUCUAAAGAGGACCGACGCAUACAUAAUCUACUUUAUCGUAAAUCAAAACUUGAAAGUGUUAAUGAAACAUCUGCGUUACUUAGUGGAUUUGCUAUUGUAGCCAUUGUUGAAUUAUCAUUAGAUUCUUAUGAAAAAAAUAAAUCUAAUGAGGGUCUUAUCAUUUGUUAUGCUAUUAUAUCAUGCCUUCUAGUAGGUAUUCAUUUACUUGCUUUACUUAUGUCAAUGUGUAUAUUACCUGAAAUAAAAAGUGUGAUACGGAAUAGUGAUUUUUGGAUUAAUAAUGAAAAUAGUAAACCAUUAUCAUCAUUAAAUAAAUAUAUUGAAAUAGCAUGGAUUGCUUCUACUGGUUUUGGUUUAUUUUUAUUUAUUAUUGAACUUUGUCUAAUUUUUUGGAUUAAAGUGAGCGGUUUUUCUCAAACAGCAGCUAUUGCCGCUCUUAUUACACUAGGUGUUAUUGGUUGUCCAUUUAUUUUAUUUGCUAUUGGUUUUUAUUUUCGUGUAGCUAGAGCAAAAGUUUAUUUAUAUCAAACAGAUUUAGAAACAAUAGAACGUGGUGCUAUUGCUUGUGGUUUAGUUAUGAAUGUUUCAAAUAUUCCACUAGGACCAUUAACAAGAAAUAUAGAAGAAGAUUCUUGA